UUCUAUUGUUAAAAAUUCUUUUUUUUUUCCUCCACCCUACCACCCCUUCCUGAUGGCAAAACAUUUCAAACCAGUUAAAGUUUAUUUAUUUUAAAUGUUUGGUAAACAAUUAAAGAAAAUUAGCUAAUAAAUGUGACUAGCAAAGUGCUGGAUGUCUUUAUAUACAUUAACAUAAUUUAUUACCCUCCCGUACCACAUUAAUACUGAUAAUUACAAUUAACAUAAAUUGGGUUUGAUAAUGUAUAUUUCUGAGUGCUUUAUAUAAAUGAUCUCAUUUACUUCUCAUUAUCCAAUUAAUUCUGUGAAUUAAACUUCAUAUGAAGAUAAAUUUAUAUAAAUUGAUUAUGAUUUGCUUCCUAAGUUUUUCUUUGAUAAAGAUUUCUUGUACUGGAUAAAAAUAAAUAAAUUUUUCCAAAGAUUCUUAAAAUGAACUUGAAAUUUUUGUCAUCUUAUAAUACAGAUCUGACAGGUGCUCAAGAUGGGAGUGUCAGAAUGUUUGAAUGGGGCCAUUCUCAACAAAUAACCUGUUUUCGAUCUGGCGGCAAUUCAAGAGUUACAAGAAUGAGAUUUAACUAUCAGGGAAAUAAGUUUGGAAUAGUUGAUGCUGAUGGAUAUUUAAGUUUGUAUCAAACAAACUGGAAAUGUUGUCCAGUUACUGGGAGCAUGCCUAAGCCAUACCUGACUUGGCAGUGUCAUAACAAACCAGCCAAUGAUUUUGUCUUCGUUAGUUCCUCUUCUCUGAUAGCCACAGCUGGUCUUUCAACUGAUAAUCGAAACAUAUGUUUGUGGGAUACUCUCGUAGCACCUGCCAAUAGUUUAGUCCAUGGUAAGUUUUUUAGUUGUGGGGGGUUUUGUUUUGUUUUGUUUUGUUGUUGUUUGUUUGUUUGUUUUGUGAUGCUGGGUAUUGAACCCAAGGCCUUUUGCAUGCAAGGCAAAUACUCUACCAACUGAGCUAGAUCAUGUGUUUUACAACUUUUAAGGUUUAUUUUGCUCAUGAUAUCAGGGUUUGAAAACAAAAAGAUAUACAUAAUUAACUCUACCUGAUACCUUGAUGCAGAACAGUAGGAUACAGAAAAUAUAAAAAGCAUUUGUCCUUAUUUUGAAUCUGAUAGCCAUAGGUCAUUAUAAUGAACAUCAAUUAUACCUAGUAUUAUGUCCCCUCUCACCACUCCUAUUCAGCAUUGUACAGGAAGUCUGAACAGUAACACAAGAAAAAAAUAAAAGGUAUAUAGAUGUCAUGAUUCUGUAGAAAAUCUCAGUCUGUAAAAGAAACUUCUAGAACUAAUGUGGGAAUGUAGCAAGAAUACAAGGUCAAUAUACUAAAGUUAGUUGCUGUAAAAAUAGUUCCUUAGGGCUGGGGUUGUAGCUUGGUAGCAAAACACUUACCUAGCAUGUGUGAGGUCCUGUGUUCAGUUCUCAGCACAGUAUAUAAAAUAAAUGUCCAUACUGCUUUCCAAAUUGGCCGCACCAAUUUGCAGUCCCACCAGCAAUGUACAAGUGUACCCUUUUCCCCACAUCCUCGCCAGCACUUGUUGUUGUUUGACUUCAUAAUGGCUGCCAAUCUUACUGGAGUGA